AUGUCGAAACAGGAAUGCAGAAACGAAACAUCAGAGGAGGAGAAUAAAUAUUCCAGCAUAUACAGCGAUAAACAUGCAUGCUUUCCUCAUUUUCAACUAUUGACUCUUGUUCCCAAAUUUCCUGUGUUUCGCUCUUUCAUAUGGGAUACCGACUCCCAUCUGAAAUCGCCCGAGGAGCGGAAGCUGGUGCGCAAGCUGGACUUUGCGCUGUUGACGAUAGGCUGCGUGGGGUUUUUCCUCAAAUAUCUCGACCAAACAAACCUCACGAAUGCUUACGUUAGCGGCAUGCAAGAGGACCUCAAAAUGUUCGGCAAUCAAUAUACCUAUGCAAACGCCGCCUACACCGUCGCCUACGCCAUCAUGCAGAUCCCCUCGACGCUCAUCAUUCAAAAGAUUCGUCCCAGUUACUGGCUCGCCGCGAUGGAGGUUGGCUGGGGCGUGUUCACGAUGGCGCAGGCGGGCUUGACCAACUACGGCCAGCUGUACGCGUUUCGCUUCCUGAUCGGGUUGUUCGAGAGUUCUUUUUUUCCGUGUAUGCUGUACGUUUUGGGGUCGUGGUACACGAAGACCGAACUGGCCAAACGAACUGCCAUCUUCCACAUGACUGCUCCUCUAGGUUCUGCGUUCAGCGGCUACCUGCAAGCCGCCGUUUACGAAAAUCUCAACGGCCAUCACGGUAUCGCUGGCUGGAGAUGGCUGUAUCUCGUCUGUGGUUGCAUGACCGUCCCCGUCGGCAUUGCUACCUUCCUCUUCUACCCCGACGUCCCGCACAACACGCGUGUCUGGUAUCUCAAUGACGAGGAGAUUCGCCUAUCGCUGGACAGGGUGGCGAAGGCUGGCAAAGCGGCACCAGCAAAGAUUACCUUCUCAACAUUUCAUCGUGUCGCAAAGAGAUGGAUUGUACGGAUCCAGCUGCGGCGCAAGCAGCUACUUCGCCAUCUGGCUCAAGGCAGAAAACUUCUCCGUCGCAGACCGGAAUAUCAUCCCGACGGGGACGAACCUGAUCUCUGCGUUUUGCGUCGUGUUGAUUACACUGAGAAUCGGUUUGCGUGGGUGCUAAUACCGCUGGUUUACGGCCUCAUCCCUAACGGCAUCCUGGCCGCGUGGCCGAAAAGUGUACCGCUGAAGGAAUUCGCUUUCUUGACCGAUGGUGUUCAGCUGAUGACUGCCAUAUUCUACACAUGGGCCAACGAGGUCUGCUCUGAUGACAACGAGGAACGUGCCCUCGUCGUCAGCAGCAUGAACGGGUUUCAAUAUGCCGUGGCAGCCUGGCUCCCAGUGGUCAUCUUCCCGCAGACUGAGGCACCGUCGUUCCGACGCGGCUACCCAGCAACCUUCGCCUUCGUCAUCGCGGCCAUAGUGGUCGUCGUCAUUACUCAGCUUCUGGUCAUCCGGGAGAAGCGUCAAAAGGCGAGGGCAGUAGACAGAGCAGCGGCGGUGGGACGAGAAGUGGAGCGUGUCGACUACCAGAGCAAGAACCCCACGCCCACGAUAUCCGAUGUAGCACACAAUUUGUCAGGCGAGUCAGUAUAA